UUCUCAAAAAGAGUGCGAUUUCGGGAUAACUCCUCGGCGAGGGCUCCCAGGACCCAGGGAAUUCUCCAGAGAAGCUCGCCCUGAUCUCUGGGCGCGCGGCGGCAGAAUGGUGACGGAUAAUACCAGCCAGGCCGAUGACACGACAAUUUUCCUUCGAGCCGCUCGAUCUGGAAAUCUCGAAAAAGUAAUCGAAUACCUCGACACGGAUUUGGACAUCAACACGGCCAACUCGAAUGGUCUAAAUGCUUUGCAUUUAGCCUCGAAGGAUGGCCACGUGGAGAUCGUGACCGAACUCCUGAAGAGGGGAGCCAAGGUGGACUCGGCGACGAAGAAGGGGAACACCGCCUUGCACAUAGCUUCUCUAGCCGGACAAGCGGAAAUAGUUAAUAUCCUGCUGCAAUAUGGAGCCGCGGUGAACAUUCAGUCCCAAAAUGGGUUCACCCCUUUGUACAUGGCGGCUCAAGAAAACCACGACCACGUCGUGAAGAUCCUCCUCAGCAACGGGGCCAACCAGAGUUUGGCGACGGAGGAUGGCUUUACACCUCUCGCCGUCGCCAUGCAACAGGGCCACGACAAAGUCGUCAGCGUGUUGCUGGAGAACGACUCUAAGGGGAAGGUGCGACUCCCAGCGUUGCACAUAGCUGCGAAAAAGGACGACUGCAAAGCCGCCGAUCUACUUCUACAGAACGACCACAAACCAGACGUCACCUCCAAAAGUGGCUUCACGCCCCUUCAUAUUGCCGCCCACUAUGGGAACGAGGAGAUCGCUCGUUUGCUCAUCAAGAAAGGUGCCGACGUGAAUUACCUGGCGAAGCACAACAUCAGUCCCCUGCACGUUGCAGCAAAAUGGGGCAAGAACAACAUGGUAAAGAUAUUGUUGGAGAACUCGGCCAUGAUCGACGCCAAGACCCGGGAUGGCUUGACACCUUUGCACUGCGCAGCAAGAUCCGGCCACGAGGAGGUCGUCUCUACCUUGCUGGAACACUCGGCACCCAUCAGUGCCCGCACUAAAAACGGUUUGGCACCCUUACACAUGGCAUCGCAGGGGGACCACGUGGAGGCUGCGAGAGUUCUGCUCUACCAUCGAGCUCCCGUAGACGAGGUGACGAUCGACUACCUGACGUCGCUCCAUGUGGCAGCUCAUUGCGGCCACGUGAGGGUGGCCAAAUUGCUUUUGGACAGAAAGGCAGAUCCGAAUGCUCGGGCCCUGAAUGGGUUCACGCCUCUGCACAUCGCGUGCAAGAAGAAUCGAAUCAAGGUCGUCGAGUUGUUGUUGAAGCACGGCGCUUCCAUCGAGUCCACCACCGAGUCCGGGCUAACUCCGUUACAUGUGGCCAGUUUUAUGGGAUGCAUGAAUAUCGUGAUAUUCCUACUCCAGCACGAAGCCAAUCCCGACGUGCCAACGGUAAGGGGUGAAACGCCCUUACAUCUAGCGGCUAGAGCCAAUCAAACCGAUAUUAUUCGAAUUUUACUCAGAAACGGAGCCAAAGUCGAUGCUCGGGCAAGGGAGCAACAAACUCCACUGCACAUAGCCUCGAGACUGGGAAACAUUGAUAUUGUCAUGUUACUUUUGCAACAUGGAGCUGCUGUUGACACUACCACGAAAGAUAUGUACACUGCUUUGCAUAUUGCUGCCAAAGAAGGCCAGGAGGAGGUGGCAUCGAUACUCGUGGAAAACAAUGCAUCCGUAAAAGCAACCACAAAAAACGGAUUUACCCCACUGCACAUCGCAGCGAAAUACGGGAAUAUAAACGUGGCAAAAAUACUUUUGCAAAAGGAGAGCAAAAUCGACGCCCAAGGAAAGAACGACAUCACACCUCUGCACAUGGCAUGUCAUUACGAUCAUCCGAGUGUCGUAACUCUAUUGUUAGAAAAAGGUGCUUCACCUCACGUAAAGUCUCAAAAUGGACACACACCGUUGCACAUCGCAGCUCGGAAAAAUCAGAUGGACAUAGCCACUACUUUGCUGGAGCACGGAGCAAAUGCGAACAUUGAAUCUAAGGCAGGAUUCACCCCUUUGCAUCUAAGUGCUCAAAAGGGACAUUACGACAUGACAAGUUUGCUCAUAGAACACGGAGCCGAUCCCAACCACAGAGCCAAGAAUGGCCUCACUGCCAUGCACCUGUGUGCUCAAGAGGACUUCGUCAGAGUAGCAGCGAUCCUCGUGAAAAGUGGUGCAAAUAUCGAGAGCCAGACGGAAACCGGGUACAGGCCGAUCCACGUGGCCUCUCAUUUUGGAAAUCUGUCGAUGAUUCGAUUCCUGCUCAAGCAUAACGCCGAGAUCGACGUCAAGACCAAUCAGAAUUAUACACCUUUGCACCAAGCGGCCCAGCAGGGCCACGCACACGUUGCAUCGGCUUUAAUAGACGGUGUCGCUUCCCACAAGGCUCGUACGAACGACGGGUUGACUGCACUGAAUAUCGCUCAAAAACUAGGGUAUAUAUCUGUAAUGGAGGUUCUGAAAGGACUGCCCUACGACAACGUCACUCCUGACAAUAAAAACUGGGAAGAAAAGUACAAAGUAAUAGCGCCCGAGAGCCUCCAGGAAACGGACUUCAUGUCCGACUCCGACGACGAAGGAGGUUCGGACGCCUUGAUAAGCGAACAGCCUUAUCGAUAUCUCACGGCGGACUUGAUGAAGAGCCUGAGAGACGAUUCUCUACCGAUCGACGUAACCAGAGACGAUCCGAUUCACCGGCAAGUCUCGAAAGAAGAGAAGCAGGAAUUCGUGCAGAGCAACAACUACUGCUUGGCGGAGAAUUUCGACAUGCAAGAUAGCAUGAAUUUGGGGAGGCUGCACUUCAAAUCAUUUUUGGUCAGCUUCUUGGUCGACGCUCGUGGAGGAGCCAUGAAGGGCUGCAGACACAGCGGCAUCAGGAUCAUUAUUCCACCCCGAAGAGCAACUAUGCCGAUUCGUGUGACUUGUAGACUGGUAAAGCCCAGCAAGGUCUCGAAUCCUCCGCCAUUGAUGGAAGGAGAGGCUUUGGCGACUCGUAUCAUAGAAAUGGGCCCAGUUGCGGCGACAUUUUUAGGGCCAGUCCUAAUCGACAUCCCUCACUUCGCAUCCAUCCCGGGUAAGGAGAGAGAAAUCAUUAUACUGAGAAGCGAAAAUGGAGAAACUUGGAAAGAGCACGACAAUUCUGCCGACAAUGACGACACCCUGUUAAAUACACCACAUGACCCCCAGAUGAGCGCGGCAUAUUCGGGUAGGAUUACGAGAAUAAUAACGACAAAUUUCCCGCAAUAUUUCGCGAUCCUGACGAGAAUUAAACAAGAGGUGCAUGUCAUCGGCGCAGAGGGAGGAAUAUUGAUAUCGAGUGUUGUUAGCCAUGUUCAGGCAGUUUUUCCACCAGGAGCAUUGACCAAGAAAAUUAAAGUCGGCCUGCAAGCUAGGGUGAUUCCGGCGGAACUCACUGCGAAGCUUCUUGGAAAUUGCGUUGCAGUUUCCCCGGUAAUUACCAUAGAACCCAGAAGGAGAAAAUUCCAUAAGCCCAUCACUUUGACCAUUCCUGUACCACAAGCUGCCAACAAGGGGAUGAUUAAUCAGUACGGAGGGGAAACACCUACGUUACGUCUGUUAUGCAGUAUCGCUGGGGGUACGAGCGAAACGCAAUGGGAAGAUGUCACAGGGUCCACGCCAUUAACUUUCAUGAACGAUCGGGUAUCCUUCACAACGACAGUUUCGGCAAGAUUUUGGCUGAUGGAUUGUAGAAAUAUUAGCGAAGUUCCGAAAAUGGCCAUGGACCUGUACAGAGAGUCUCUUUAUGUACCAUUCAUCACGAACUUUGUCAUUUACGCGAAAAGAGUGGACGUACUCGAAGCUACUCUACGAAUAUUAUGUAUGACCGACGGUAAGGAAGGAAUACAUACUCUAGAAAAGCAAGAAGAAUUUCUGGAGAUCGUGAAGAGUCGCGAUGUCGAAGCUCUGGAUGGCAAAGACCUUUACAUAGAAUUCAGUGGGAAUCUGGUACCAGUCAUGAAAUCCGGAGUGCAAUUAAAAUUCACUUUCAAAGCGUUCCGGCAAAACAGAUUGUCAUUUUGCGUCAAAGUUAAGGACACUUUGUUGGAUCCCGUUGCAAGGAUGCUCUUCAUGAAGGAGCCCAAAGUGGCCAAGGGAGAGCCGCCCCAACAACCGAUUUGCAUAUUGAACAUUGUCCUUCCAGAAAUAAGGAGGAAUAUCGAGAUUGAAGAUAAAUUGAAAGAAAUGGAAGACUCGAACGUGAUCAGCCAUAAGCUGGAUUCGCUUAAAUCAAAGUACCACGAAGAGCAUAAAGAGAAAUUCGACGAGCCUAAACCCACGACAUCCCCGAUGGAGCAAAAGUUUAUCACCGACACUUUGGAAAAGGAACAAACAGAUGCCGCUACUAUCCACGAAUCCCUUGCACAAAAAGCGGCUUGUCCCGUAGAAUCCGUAGAUGCUAGUUAUCCCAAUAAAGCAGGCGCCCAGGAUGAGGUGGCCGAGAAGCAGACGUAUAUGGAGAAGCGCAGGUUCUGGGAGGAUAUCACCAAGAAGAGGGAGAGUUAUCAGCGGUCCGAGUCCGAGGUCUCCAGGACGAGUCAGCUGACCAUCAACGAGAGCGACAGCGAGUGUCUGCAGAACGCGGUCUCCGAGGAGGAGACCGAGGCCGUUUCGGAGAAGUCCGAAGUGAUCGUUUCGGAAAGAUCCGAAGUGGCGAUGUCGGAUAAGUCCGAAAUGAUCGUUUCGGAAAGAUCCGAAGUGGCGAUGUCGGAGAAGUCUGAAGUGGCGAUGUCGGAGAAGUCUGAAGUGGCCAUGUCGGAGAAGUCUGAAGUGGCCAUGUCGGAGAAGUCUGAAGUGGCCAUGUCGGAGAAGUCCGAAGUGGCGAUGUCGGAGAAGUCCGAAGUGGCGUUGUCGGAGAAGUCCGAGGUUCCCGAAGAUGCCAACGUCCCGGACAUCUCGGAGUGCUCCGUGGCGGAGAAGGCGCACUAUUUCGAGGAGCAGAUCCAGAAGGAGAUGUCCUUGGCCAGGACCACUCCAAAGGUGCAAACCCAAGAGUCUCUGAAGUCCAGGAAGACGUCCUCGGACAGCGAGAAACAGGUGGAGGAAGCCGCUUUUUUGGAGAGAAGAUCCGAGGAAGUUAUUGUAGAGAGAAAGAGUCCGAAGGAAGAAGUUGUGGACGUAAGUGCGAAGAGGGAGAGUCCGAAAGAAGAAGUUGUGGAUGUAAGGGAGAGCCCGAAAGAAGAAGUUGUGGAUGUAAGUGUGAAGAAGGAGAGUCCGAAAGAAGAAGUUGUGGAUGUAAGUGUGAAGAAGGAGAGCCUGAAAGAAGAAGUUCUGGAUGUAAGUGCGAAGAGGGAUAGUCCGAAAGAAGAAGUUGUGGAUGUAAGUGCGAAGAAAGAGAGUCUGAAAGAAGAAGUUGUGGACAUAAGUGCGAAGAAGGAGAGUCCGAAAGAAGAAGUGGAUGUAAGUGCGAAGAGGGAGAGCCCGAAAGAAGAAGUUGUGGACAUAAGUGAGAAGAAGGAGUGUCCGAAAGAAGAAGUUGUGGAUGUAAGUGUGAAGAGGGAGAGUCCGAAAGAAGAAGUUGUGGACGUAAGUGCGAAGAGGAAGGAGGAGCUGAAGAAGGGCGAAGAGGCGAAGACUGUAAUGCAGGCGUGCGAGGAUUUGUUAACGGAAGAGAGGAAACUAGCAGAGCACAUCAUUGUUGCCGAAGUAGAGAGGAAGACAAUUCAGAAAUAUGAAAUUUCAAAGCAGGAAGAGGUCACAUCGAAGAAGAUAUCAUCCGAUAUCUCCUCGAAGAAAGACCUCCCUGAACGAGAAGAAGAGAGACCCGAAAUCCUCGAAGAAAGGAGAACGACGCCAAAGGAAGAAGUUCCUUCGACUGUAAAGUUAGAGAAGUUGGAUGUAGAAGAGGAGAAGGAACGCAAGCGGACUGAAGAAGAAACCCUAAAGACUGCCCAAGAACCAAGGGAAAUUCCCACGGGUGAAGGUUCCUAUAUAUCUAAGAAAACUAGAGACGAAGAGGACGACCGACAGCCGAAGAAGAAGGAGCACGAGUCACGGAUUCCGAUCUCGACCGCGAUGGCGGAAAAGGAAAAGAGUCAGAAGCCAAAAGAAGAAGAAGAAGAAGCAAGGAAGACAUCUUCCCCGGAAGAAAAAUCACCAACGGACAAGCCUGACAUUCAAGCGGUGGAGAAAAAGAAAGAAUUUGAGUCUAGGAUUCCGAAGAGGGUGACCGAGAAGUCGAAGACCGAGGAGAGGAUCAGCGAGCACACCUCGACGACGAAGAGCAAGUCGGAGACGUUCUCGAAGACGUUCAUGGGAGACCCGAAGGAGGCCUUCAAAAUGUUCGAGGACAUGGAGAAGCUGAAGCAGUCGGAGUUCGGCACGGUGACCUCGAUAGUGGACCACACAGCCUCCGUCAGGAAGGAGAAGAGGGAGGUGAUCUCUUCCGAGAUCACCAGCGGCUCCGACAAGUUCAUCUCCCACGAAGAGAAGGAGCACUUGGAAAAGAAGAAGUCCUCGGAGACCACCGUGACUAAAGAGUCGCCGACGGAGACCCUGAAAGAGACGGAAAGCAAGGUUAAAGAGUUGGACUCGCACGCUGUUCAAAAAACUGAAUUAAACAUAGCUGGGGGGAAAGAGAUAAUCGACGCGUCCGCGACGCAGAAAACAACGGAGACGAAGGAAAAACAAUUGUUCAAGCAAAUUGAGGACAAGACGGGUCUCCAGACAGAACUGGUGGGCGAGAGCAAGACGAAGGAAAGCGACGUCGGAGUCACCUUCAAAAUUGAGAAGGACCUGACGAAGGACGAAAAGGACCUCGAAGACGAGGGACUCGGGGACGAGAGGAGCUCUCAACCGGAAACCGAGAAGUACGACGAGGGGAAGGAACGGAAAACGGAAGAGGUUUCUCGAAAAGAACUGCACAAAGAGAGCGUAGAAAUCUCGGAUGCGAAGAGCCACCUUGAAGAAGUCGGUCCCGAGAAAGUCGCCAGAAAUGGCUUCGAGGGAGACGAAGAGACUCCAGAAACGUACGUCCCAGAGACCCUGGAAAAGAGGCAGAAGCAGCUGGUGCAGGAAUUCGAGGUGCGCAACAUCGCCGAGACCUUGAUCCAGUCUAUAGAGAACGAGAUCGAGAAAAGAUCUGUCCCUCCAUCGAAAGACUCAGAGAUCGUUGCUAAAACUACACUUGCGUCCGAAUACCUGGAGUACAUGGCAGGGGAGAAGAGGGAUUCCGACUCCGAGCAGGACAAGUUGGCGGACAACCUGACGAGGAAGCUGGAGAACAUGAUGAAGAAGACCGAGCAGUCCAAGAUCUCAGCCGAGGUCGAGAGACAGCAGCAGAAGGCGUCCGAAGAGGUCUUCGAGAAGGAGUCCACUAGGGACAGCAUCAGUACCAGCGAGGACUUGACCCGCGACGAAGACUCCUCCAAGGACAAAGAAGAGAGCCUGGUUCACUCGUCUCAAGUCAGAUUUCCAGACAGAGAUAUCACCAUCAGUCCGAGCAGCAUUUCCGACCAAAUGGAGCUGGAGGAGUCAGCCGACCUGGAAAUGGAAAAGAAAUUAGAAAGAGAGGCCAGUAAAAAAAUCAGCGGAGGAAGUUCCUUCGACUCGAAGGCCGGAGACAUGAAAUAUGACGUGAGGAUCCCGAAGGAGGCUGCGGUCUCCGAGAUUUCUGGGGCCAGGGUCCUGGAAAUUCUGGAACCAGAAGCGGACGAUCGGUUGAGGCAAGAUUCCAUGGACGUAUCUUCCAUAGAGAUCGAUGAGCAGAAGGUUUCUGAAGACAUCCUCAAGGACUUCCCAACAGCCCUGCCGGAGGACUUUGGGAAAGAGGUCACUCUGGCUUCUUCUUCAGACAGCAAGGAAGUGGACUCCAAGAAGUUGUCCCAGGAUCGGGAUAUAACCUUCAGCCCCAGCACGGUCUCCGAACAAACCGAUACCGACUUUUCUUUCGCUCAGGAACGGAAAUUUCCGGACGCCCAGGAGGAGUUUGAUAGGCCUGUGAGGAGGAGCGACAGUUUCGAGAUCGAAAGUCCUCCUUUGGUCUCCCCGAAGUUGAAGGUCAAGGAGCUGGAAAUAAAACCAGUUAACUGGAUGAUAGGAGACGAAAAGAUCGAGAUAUCGGAGCCGCUUCAGCCUUCCCAGGCCUUCAAUAAGGAGUUGGAAGAGCUGGAGCACCAGUCGACGGGUCAAAAAGGGAUCAGCUCUUCAAGGUCUAAUUUAGGGGCGGAAGAAGACAUAUCGAGGACCGAGGAAGAGGACAUCGCCGAAGUCUUCGUGGAGAAAGCAAAACCUGUUCAGUUGAAGGAACUUAUUAAGGUGACCAAGACGAAGUUCACGGUGACUCCAGUGAGCGAACAAGAUUUAGAAAAUGAACUGGUGGAGAAUAAACUGGAAGUGAGUUGUCAGGAAUUGGUGGACACUCUCCAGAAGGAGUACGAGGCCAAGACUCCUACGGAUGACCAGAUGAUCCUCAAGGCCGCGGGUUUGUUAGGAAAGCAGGAAGCUGACGUAGAACCUGAAGAGAGAGAAAAAUCGAAAAUGGACGAGGAAACCAAGAUGGAACAAGAAAAACCAAGGUUAGUCGAAGAUAUAAAGAAACUGACGGAGCAAGAAACUGCAAAGCUUAUCUCUGAAGGAGUGUCGAUCCUGACCGCUCACGAGACACCAAAAUCAGUAGCUGAAGGGAAGUCAAAAUCUGCUUAUGAAGAUGCUUCACAUCUGAAAGAAGAGGCAUCAAAGGUUGAAGCCGAAGAUACAUCAAAACCUACAGUUGAAGAGACGCCGACCUUGCCAGUCCAAGAAGAAGCAAAACUGAAAGCUGAAAAAGAAGAAGCGCUAUCCGUGACGCAGGAAAAGUCAAAAUCAAAGACCGAAGAUACCGCUGGAAAGCCUGAAGAGGACGUUAAGGAUUCCGCAGAAGUAGAGGGGAGCAAACCGAAAGUUAAACCAAAAGAAGUAACGGAGAAAGAGCCGCCGAGGGAAUUAGUAACGCCAAGAAUUGGCCACAAAUCGGGGGAUGAGUCAAAGGGCAGCGUGAAGUUCCGGGGUUUAGAGAAACUGACUGAAAAGCGGGAUAAACAAGGCCACUCUUCGGUUCCUUCCGACACCAGUGCCUUCAAAAUGAAGAAGGAAGAUAUGCCGAGCGUCGACCUAAGUGCUCGUUACGCCAUCACAGUCCUAGACCAAGUAGUGAAGAAGGAAAUCGCCGAAGUGAAGGAAUCCCUGGAGGCCGCGAAGCAGGACUUGAUAGAAGAGCUGAGCGAGGGCACCGAGGGUAUUUUCCAGAUCAAAGAUUCUCCCUCGGAGUUCCAAUUCAAGCUACAACCAGAGUCCAUCCCAAAUGACUUGCCACUUUUGUAUAAACCGCCCUCGCAGGAGCAGGAAGUCGAGCAGGUCGAAGGUGAACCGGCAGCUUCGACGUCGCCAGUCGCGAAGCCCAGAACGAAGCACGCCGAGUCGCAGGAAGAGUCGAAAUCUGCCGAAAAAGUGGAGGUCGAGGAGUCCACGGAAGAUAACUCCGGGUCCGAGGUACUUAUUAAAACAGAAAAGGCUGAUGAAGAAACUCAAAUUACCGUCCAAGCAGAAGCUGAAGAGGCCCAAGCUGGUCCCACGGCAGCCAGUAGGUCCAGCUCGGACGUAGAAAAUAAGGACGACAGCUUCUCGUUGCUGUUACCUCAACCGGUACCCAGGAGGAGGCAGAAGCCCUCCAGGGUGUCCAAGAAGAUCACUUCGGAAAGCGAAGCUGAAAUGGGUUCCAGCUCUGGGGAGAGCAGCAAUUAUCAGUCCUGCGAGUACGAUAUAGGAAGUGGAAGUAGACCCAGCUCUUCGGACAUAGAACAGUUGCAGUCCGGACUGCCUUCUGCUACGGUCUCAGAGUAUGAGACCGCUCUGAUGUCCAUCGAUCAAUCCGCUGGGUCUAGACCUACCUCUCAGGAAUAUCAAACCGCAGCCAGUACUUUGAGCUCCAGGGAGUCCAUAAAGUCGCUGAACUCUUUGAGCUCGGGACACCUGGGUAGCAUCGAUAGUACCAGUGAACACUCCGAAACUCUGGUUCCUUCGGAAGCUGACAUAGACAAGGAUGUCAUUGAAGAAAAUCUGGAGUGUGCUUUGGAGGAGGAUCAUGCAGCCAGCAUGUUCGAUGCACCCAGGAGCUCGGACUCUACGGAGUGUGAAAUUCCCUUGAGCGAUGAUUUCAUCGAACCCCUCGAAGACACUCCAUGCAGGAUGAAGAGGUCUUCGGAGAUGCUCUUCCAAGAGAUUACGGAAGCUACCGGUGGAUUUGAUGACUCCUUGGAUAAAAUAGAAGAUCUGGAGGCAAAGGGCACCGAUACUGCCACUUCCAUUGGCGCUCCACUUUCUGGGGACGUUGAGUCCGUAGAUAUAAUGACUUCUUCUGUAAACGAAGAUGGUAUUCAAAGUGUUGGUACUCAAGUCAUUUCUAGAGAGACAGCGAAAGAAACCGACGAAAGUAUACUCCGUCAGGAUUCCAAAGAAGAGACUCAAGACGAUGGAAUCCUGGCAUCGGAGACUGAUACAUCGGAGCCCAAAUUAACUGGAUCAGAGGAUGUCGCAGGAAGUUUGGAUGCGAUGCAAUCCUCCACUCUAUCAAUGGCACAGCAAGCCAGCAUGUCAACCUCUUCGAUGUCUGGAGUAUCGGUAGACACCGUAGUGGAAAAAGAAAAGUCAGACCGUCACUCACCGGACAGUGAUUCCUUCGAGCUGGUUGACAAACCAGGUAUUAUAGACGACUUCGUGGUCGUAGAAGAAGUGGGUAAAGAGGCCGAAGAGUUCGACUCGGAAGGAAAAAGUAUCCGUAUAGGUUCGUUACCUCAUGCCAUGAACAAGAAUUUCGACAGAGAUUUAGAGAACCUGAUAGCAGAGAAGAAAGAGGACGUCCCAGUAACAGGUAGCCAGGUGUCGAGGACUAAUGAGCUCUUCGACUUCGAGUCCGAAGAGAGUCCACCUCAGGCUUCGAACGAUGAUCAGUAUUCUCAGUCAUACUCCGAUGAAGAACAAGGCGAGGGUGGCAAGAAGUGGAUCGAGAUGCAGCUUCAAAACGAGCCUCCUCUCUACGACAUAGAGUACGAUAGAGGUCCCCUGGAAGAUAUUAAAGAAGAAGAGAUAACGGACUUCGAGGUUGGCAGCAGCAGAUUUGGGAGCCUGGGAAGUCACAAAGAGUCCAUCGGUAGUGUAGGUAGCAUGCGUGGUAGUUACGGCAGCACCCCGGAUUACGAUGUCUUGGCAGGGAAGAAAUAUUUCAGCAAGUCUUCCGAGCACGAUAACGUUUCAUUGAGCUCUCUUCAGGAAUUCGAACACCUGGAGAGCACCAUCGCCAUGGAGAACGCCAAGAAGUACCAGUGUGGCUCCCAGGAUUCCAGUAAUGGCAGUUUGCCCAGAAGAUACGCGACGAGUCGUUCCGGCCACGGAGACGACAUCUCUCUAUCCUCCCUGAAGGACUUCGAGGGCUUGGAGACAGCCUGUCGAGAAGCUCAUCUCUUCGAACUGCGAGCGAGAGAAGAGGAGGAUUUGCUCGACCAUGAGAGUCCUGAAAAUAGAUACAAGUUAGAAAAUAUACCAAGAACAAAGGCAGAUACUAGUAUGGUUGGUUCGUUCAAUCCAAGCACCUCUGGCUCCGAUGAUUACGAGAAGAGAAUUAAAGAGAUAGAUGAGAUCAUACGCAUAGCUCAGUCUAAUGUCGAAAAAUUGGAAAGACAGGAUGACACGACGGAGGAUAUUUCGCAGAUUGAAAUUACUGAUAUCGAGAAGUGUGAACCAGGCAGCGCACCUGUUCAAGUUGAAAUCGAUGCUCAGUGUCUUAGGGAAGGGAACAUUAUGGAGACUAGCACGGACUCUUUAGAACUAGACGAUCAGAUAGAUAAGAAACGCCAUCCACUUUGUAGAAGUUCCGACUCACUAGAAAUGAAAACCACUCUCGAUUAUCCGUCUCUAAGCUCAGAUUCGCUAAAUAAUGUGAGAGAUGCUAGGGAAGCUCAAUUAGAUGGGGCAGAUAGGUAUAAUGGUGCACGCCGCAUUUCUUCGGAUUCCUUGGAUAUGCCUUUUGCGGAGCAGCAGGAACAAGGAGGCGCCGAAAGCAAUAGCAAUUAUUCGGACAGGGCUACUGCAGACAGCUCUGCUGAACAAGGGUCUUCGAUGGAUCCAAGCGGAACAAGUAACGGGAAGACGAAAUCGCCUUCGACUGCUGAUACGUAAAAAGGCUCUUUUGCUAGCAGGCUAUUGUGAUUUAUUAUCGUGACUGCGUCAUUUUAUUAAAGACGGAAGAAGCUUUUGCAUGUGAAACAUAUGACUAACGCAAUGAGAAAGUUACACAUGGAAAAUGUACAAGAUUUUAUUACACUCUGCUUUAAUUUGUAUCGUGUCUUCUACGAACGUUUAUAACAUAAUUAUACCGAUGAAUACUCUAGUUAUGAACUUCAGAAUAUAAAAUUGUUGUGCAAAUGAAGCGAUGGUUGAAGAAGAAGCAGUUGCCUGUUGUAAUAUUAUAUCUGUACUGAUAUUCUUAUGGAAAUUAUCGAUGUACUUGUUUACAAUUGUAUGGGUCUUUCUCUUGAUUAUUUAACAUUUUGAUAUAUUUUAUGUUGCCUUUAUAAAUUUAUAU